AACUUUCUCGCUAGCUAAACACAAUCACUCAAAUUCAGUGUACCAGAGUAACCUGAGAAUCCAAAACCAAGUAGGCCAUUACAAAAUCAAUUAGUUCUCUCUAUUUGGCAGCAUCACAUUUGGCAAUGACAGAACACUAGUUACCAAAUUCACUCUUCCAGUUACCUUUUAUUUAAAUUAAAAUCCAAUUAAAAUCCUUCACAGAGAUGCAAAAAAUCUCAGAAAUUAAUGAUUUUGAAUUGGGCCCGUUAAUUGUUACCCAAAAGGUGGAAGAAUCCUUUUGCCUAUUUUAGAAGAUAAUUAAAGUUUCAAUGUUGUUGAUAAAUUUUUAGGGUUUUUUCUCUCUCUUUCUGCCCUAUAAAUACCAGUCUGUUUUGCAAUCAAAGAUAUUCAGUAUUACAUACGUUUACUUGUGUGCAAGCAGCUGUUCUUCGUGAUCUUUUUCAACUUCAGAGAGAUAUGGGUCGUUCUCGUGGGAAUUUUCACGCUACUGAUGAGGACCCAACUCAGAGGUCUAGGAGAAAGAAGAAUGUCUCCAGCGAAAAUGCAGAAUCUUCUGCUGCAGGUCAAGGAGCUGGUGAAGGGAAAAGGGAUUACCACUGCAAUUAUUGCAACAAAGACAUCACGGGGAGGAUCCGCAUGAAAUGUGCAAUUUGUCCUGAUUUUGACCUCUGUGUAGAGUGCUUCAGUGUUGGAGCUGAAGUGACACCUCAUAAGAGCAAUCACCCCUACAAAGUUAUGGACAAUCUCUCAUUCCCACUAAUAUGCCCUGACUGGAAUGCAGAUGAUGAAAUGCUGCUUCUAGAGGGAAUUGAAAUGUAUGGCUUCUGGAACUGGAUAGAAGUUGCAGAGCAUGUGGGGACAAAGACCAAAGAACAGUGUAUUGAACACUAUGAUAGUCUAUACAUGAACUCCCUGUUCUUUCCUGUCCCGGACUUGUCUCAUAUUGUCGGGAAAAAUAAAGAGGAGCUCCUUGCAAUGGCUAAGGCGCAUAUCGAAGGCAGGAUAGGAUCAACCAUGCCCGGGGAGCUAACUUUGAAGGAGGAAUCUCCUUUUUCUCCUUCAAGAGUCAAACUUGAAGAACCACAUAAAGGUGGGCCCUCUGGCCGUUUAAUUUCUGGUUCAAAUUCAGAACCUCAAGCUGAGAGGAGUUUUAAGGGGAAGAAACUGAUGCCUUCAGCGAACGAUGGUCCAUCUUUAUUUGAGUUGAGUGGUUAUAACCCCAAAAGACAGGAGUUUGAUCCUGAGUAUGACAAUGAUGCAGAGCAGCUAUUGGCUGAGAUGGAAUUUAAAUAUACUGAUACUGAGGAAGAACGUGAGCUUAAGCUGCGGGUGCUGCACGCUUAUUCAAGGAGGCUUGAUGAAAGGCAGCGUAGAAAGGAUUUCAUACUAGAAAGAAAUUUACUGUAUCCAAAUCCUUUCGAGAAAGAUCUGUCUCCUGAAGAAAGGGCAAUAUGUCGGCGUUACGAUGUCUUCAUGCGCUUUCAUUCUAAGGAAGAGCAUGAGGGCUUGCUUCAGACUGUAAUUUCAGAGCACCGAACUCUGAAGAGAAUUCAAGAGCUUCAGGAAGCCCAAGCUGCUGGAUGCCGUACAACUGCUGAGGCUGAUAGAUUCCUUGAGCUAAAAAGGCAAAGGGAAGCUGAAGAAGCUUCUCGCAGAUCAAAAGACAGUGCUAAUGCUGGUCCAAGCAGUCAGAGUGGUGCAAACACUUUCAUGGCUUUGGGGUCUGUUAGGAGAGACUCCAACUCAAGACCUGCAGGACAGGCUUCUGGAGGCCAUGUAAAUGAUUUUGAUAUCUUGGGUUUCAUUGAAACGCAAUUACUGUCUGAAGCUGAGAAACGCCUAUGCUGUGAGAUCAGGUUACCUCCGCCGCUCUACCUUAGAAUGCAAGAGAUCAUAUCAAGAGAGGUUUUCAGUGGGAAUGUCACCAAGAAAGCUGAUGCUCAUCGAUUGUUCAGGAUUGAAGCAAACAUAGUUGAUAGAGUGUAUGACAUGCUUGUGAAGAAGGGCCUCGCUCCUCGGUGAUGACAUCUCAUGCAUGUAAAUAUGCUUCUGCUGUAACUUCUAUUCAUUGUCAUACUCAAAUGAUCUCGUGCCUGUAAAUCUACCUCUGUUGUAUUCAUUGUCAUACAGAGAUGAAAAUUUUGUUUAUUUAGUCAGUGUUCAUAUGAAAACAUUCAAAACUAUAUAUAUCAAUGCACAUUGGGAGUUGUAAUUAGGAUUGUAUGAGGUAACCCUGACUUGAGUUUGAGUCGAAUUGGUUUGAAUUUAACGAAUUGUCAGAAAGUUAUAUAUAGAUUCAUCUUUCUUUA